AUGACGACUGUCCCGCGUCCGCCGCGCGGCCAUUUCAAUGUGCUUUACUUUGCCAGCGCCAGCUCGUACACCUCCAAGGAGUUCGAGUCGCUGCCGGCGCCGUUGCCGCUGGGCAAGCUCUUUUCCACGUUGGAAGAGCGCUACUGCGGGAUCAAGUCCAAGGUGUUGGACUCGUGCCUCGUCACGAUCAACCUCGACUACGUAGACAUGCCGGUUGACGGUGUCGCCGAGGCUGAGCAACUCAUCAUCUCGGAAGGGGACGAGGUCGCAAUCAUACCUCCUGUCAGCUCUGGAUGA